AUGUCGAGAUUGUUGCAUACAGAGACGAUUGCACUAACAGCGGCAGGACAGGAGAGUAAUGAUAUUUAGUAAUUUUACCAAUAGCUUUUGGGAAGUCUGGUGCAUUCCAGUUGUGCAGCGAGAGGAGAUAUGUUGCUUCUUACCUCUCUCCACGAAUAUAUUCAAAUUUAGGACCAUGGUACUUGAAAGGUGGUCCGGCUAACUUUACAGCUGGAUUAUUUUUUCAUGAGAUUGUAGACAUUGUCCAAUUAAGAGGGUUAACGACAGAGAAGGAUGAAUUUUUAAAGGUUCUAUAUGGUAAAUUGGACGCGAUGCAAUGAAGCUGUGAUGAAGCUCUUCAUGCUGAUCUUCGAUAGGAAACUUUCUUCCGGCUGCUACUAUACAAAAUAUUCCACACUAA